UGUUUUUGUUUAGAACGUGUGUUGUGAUGUCUAGUGUUACUCAUUGACAUCAACAGUGUUGUAUAAAUUAUGAAUUUCAUCUUGUUAAUGCAUUUAGAUAUAUUUAUAAACCACAUAUCACGGUACCAUGUGCUGAUUAGAGUUAGAUGUCUAGUGCGCACGUAACAAAGACUACGCAAUUCUCAUCAGCACAACGAUACGCAAUUCUCAUCAGCACAACGACCUCAUCGUUUCACCAGAAUGGAAAACCAUUCAGCAAAACCGAAGAAAACGAGUCAAAUGACUGACGAGGAGAGGUUAAAACUAGCAGAGAAGCUGGAUAAAGAACUGGACGAGUAUAUUGCGGGAUUAGAGAGACGUCCCUAUACCGAAGGAUGGCCGGAAGACCGUUGGCGAGAGGAAAUGGAGAAGCAUCCUUUCUUCAUGACGAAACCACCAGAAGAAGGGCAGCCCUUGUCACCUCUUUUGGAAGGCAUUCAGCAACUGAAGUAUGAUGAAAGUGAAAAUACGCCAGAAGAAUUAGCAGCCACCUACAAGGAAGAUGGAAACUUUAACUUCAAGUGCAAAAAAUAUCGUGUUGCCAUCAUAAGUUAUACAGAAGGUCUUCGCCAGAAAUGCAGUGAUGAUUCGCUGAAUGCCCAGCUCUUCAACAAUAGAGCAGCAGCUCACUUUUUUCUGAAAAAUUACAGAUCAUGUCUGGCAGACUGUCGUGCAGCUCUGAAGCUUCAGCCAGGCUAUCCAAAGGCACUGUCUCGUGCAGCUGAGUGCAGUUUUCGCCUAUCAUUGUUUGACGAUUGUAUUGCAUUCUGUGAUGAGAUGCUAGCAACAAGUACAAGCAACAAGGAAGCUUUAGAAUUGAGAGCGAAAGCUGUUGCAACAAAAAAGCGAGCUGAAAUGCAAGCUAGAAGACAAGCUGUUGCACGCAGAAAACAAGAAGCUGAAGAGAAGGAACUGGCAGCAGCCAUUAAAGAACGAAAUCUGAAUAUUGAAGGGCAAAGUGGUCCUGAGAUUAAACUGAAACUGCUUCAGCCAAUAAGUCCACAUGGGGUACAGAAACGUGUGCAUCUAAGUGAAGGCCGGCUGGUCUGGCCUGUUAUUCUGCUUUAUCCUGAAUAUGAGACAUCAGAUUACAUUCAGGAGUUUCCUGAAGACUGUAGGUUUGAAGACCAACUGACAACAAUAUUUGAGACACCUCCCGAAUGGGACAAAGAAGGGAAAUACCGACCUGAAAAUCUUCGACUGUGGUAUGAGGACCAAGAGGAAAAAGUAAAAUUUCCUGUAAACAAGGAAAAUACACUGGGUGAAACACUUUCAGACAAGCGAAUAAUAAUUCGCAAUGGAACACCAGUCUUUUGUGUUGAAGUUCUCGGAAAGGACAAAAAAUAAGUUUCAUAUAUACAUGUGUGUCAGCACCAAGGCAGUAAGUAUGCAAAACAAAAAGAGGAAGGGGGCAUAUUUUCUCCAUGUGCCACCUAAUGUGCAUUAUAGUCUCACAAACCUUGUAGACAUUGCGCAAUUCCAUUGUGUGUUUAUUUGUCUGCUAGUUGAUUAAUGCUAAAAGACCAGUAGAAAAUUACUGGAGUAUAGCUUUGUGCCAGUGCCAGUAUCUGUCUCAUCUGCUACUACUACUGAUUAACUGCUUUAUAUUUAUACAUUGUCAACAUUUUAAAAGUUGUGAUGAUCUUUAAGACACAAAUCCUAGUGGCCAGUUGUUAGGACGUAGAAACUUUUUAUUUGUUUUAGACUCGUAUGUGUGUUGAACUAAGUGUUGUGUGAUAUGUAAAGCCUUUCACUGUGUUAUACAUGCACACAUGUACUGUAAAGAGAGAAAGACUGCUUUCUGUAGAUGGAGGGAGAGAAGAAACCAGGUGCCAAAUGAUAAUGUGAAGUACAAAUUAACCUUCCGUCAGAAAGAAAUCUUAGAACGCCAGAAAUUAAAUGUUGACGACUAAUAGGUUGAAGGCUGCCCUUAGCAGGGCACAAGUAAAUUUAAAUUACAAGAAAUUGUAAAUUAUAAAACAGAAAUACAGUGUAUUAUUUCCAGAUGGAUUGUUCAUUUGGGCCACUGUGAAAAAUGUUUGUAAUGUUUCCGUUUCUGUUAUACAUACUAGCUCUUAGAUCUGAUUCUGCUUAAAUUUGAAACAUACUAUAUGCAGAAUAUGUUGGUAUAUGGGGGAAAAUCCUAGAUAGUUAAGAUAGCCAAGUAGCAGGUAUUAUUUAUGAAACAAUGCCAUGCACUAUAAUAUUUUGUGUUUAUUUAAUAUGUGGAUGAUCACUGUGUUGAGGAUUAGCACAUAUAAAAAAAGUGGGUUUUUUUGCUCAAAUUAUAAAUGUGCGAGAGAGAUGCAUGUGCAUACUGUGUCAAAGAAUAAAAGUUUGAAAUAUUUGCUACAGUCAUCACUUUUUUUGCCUCAUAUAAUUUGUCACCAUGUCCCAUUACAGUUUAAUGACCAUCUUUCAAUCUUAUGGGAGCUUCAGACCAAGUUGGCCUGCUUCAUUCAUAUGGUUUUGCAAAAUCACUUCCAGUGUUUUCUGGAAUGACCAACUUCCUCUCUAUCAUCAUCUGUCAGAGCUAGUGCUCCAACUAUAAUGGUCUUGAUGUUACUGAGACAUUACACUCUUAAACUUCCUUUCUUCUUAUGUUUUAUUUUACUUUCUGUUCUGUGAUGUCUUCAAGCAGCAUCUGUUGUAAUAUUAUGUUUCUGCAAAUAAUAAAGUCCUAUGUAUGUACAUAUACAUCCCCAAUGACUAGAUUUCCAAAUCCAGUUUCUAACAAAAUGGAAAACUUGCAUCUGUAACAGGAUAUGAGUGAAACAAUAGCCCUUCAGCAAAUCUUCUGCUGUUUGACAUUCAUCAAAAUAGAAAGUUAGGGUCCCUGUAUCCUAUCAUUUUUUAUCUUAAUGUAAUUACUGAUGUACAUUGAGUUUUAUGGCAGGUGAAACCAUUUGGAAAGAAAUCAGCAAAACUGAUUGAAAGUCUCUGAAGACAUAUCCUCAUGUAGUAUCCUCUUUUAGUUCAAUUCUAACUUUUUUUUUCCCCUGUCUGUCUGCAGUAUACAUGAUGAAUGACAACUAAAAAGAAAAGAUUAUGUCCUCACAGAAUACUGCUGGCCCUUGUAAAAUUUGCAGUUGUUAAGCAGUUCUGGAUUCAUUAUUUUUCCCAUGGAUGAAUAACGAGUAAAAAGAAAAGAUUACUCAUCACUGAAUACUGCUGGCCCAUGUAAAAUUUGCAGUUGUUAAGCAGUUCUGGAGUUAAUUCUUUUCUCCUCAGCAAUAACCCACUGCUUAUGAUGUCUGUGGGAAGUAUAAAACUGAAAACUGUAUACAGCUAAUUAUGGUAUGUGUAUAGACAAUUUUUAGUAUCAAUAUAAAAGCAUAUUUACACAUGACGAAAAAUUGAGUGUGCUAUAUCAUAGCAAUGUUGUACUACAAGGAGCAUUUUACCAUUGGAUAUGAGAAAAGCACUCGAACAAGCUUCACACUUUGUAAAUUAUGCUUCUAGAAAAGUGAUUAGAAAGAAAAAUAAUCAUUGUAAUUUUGAAUUAACUCUUGAGUGGGCAUGACAUUUUUUAUAAUAGGAGCAUACGCGUGAUGUACUUUGUACACAUCUAAAGAGGAGCUGUCUUUAUGUUACCAAGGCAAAUACGUAUGAGCAAAAUUAGUUUGGUCUUAGUUUAAUUAAACAGUGAUAAAAUAAACUUACAUUAUAUGAGCUGAAUCAUUGUUUAAUUAAAUGAUAAUGAAAUAAACUUUCAUUAUAUCACUCAGCUGCCGCGUACAGGUGUUACCCCAUUGUAAUGACCCACUCGACGCAAUAAACAGCAUAGUUGCAUCAGAUUCCAGCCAACCACUUAUUCAAUUGCUAAUCAUAUCGUAGACAAGUGCCUCAUUGUGGGUUUCUGCUGCUAGCUCAGAGUCUGGAUAAUUUUCUUGCAUGGAUCAUAAAUAUUUUCUCACCUAGCUCCCUGUUUUUUUU